CUGUUUACACGCAAAAAGAUUGCACGGCUAGAAACCCAGGGUUUAUGCUGGGCUUAGUCUAUAUGUAUUAGUUCAGGUAGCUAAGGAAGAGUCCGAAGAAAUCGCAAUACGCGUUUCUGCCAUACGACACAGUAUCGAGCGAAGUCAUUUGUAAAAAUUACUGAAAAAAUUGUCCUUGUGCAAGUUGUCUCAAGUUGUGAAUGCAGACAGAUUUCUUUGAAACAGUAAAGGCCUUUAAUGACUGUGAUUAUUACGUCGCUUCGUAGUCAAGUAUAAUCAUAAUCUGAUGAACAAUAACCGUUUACGUACAACCGUGUAAGAAGUAAGGAGAAGAGGAAUAAGAGCUAACGUAAACGCGACAUUCGGUAAUCAACGUAUUGUUCAGUGUGGUGCUUCAGCUGUAGUCGAUGGACAUUAUGCUGAAGGCAUACACCUUUUCCAGUAACAAAGAACUAAAGGGCAUAUCUAAUAGAACAAGUCGUUUUUAGUUUAGCUGGACUUCCUUAUGAUACACGAGCACUACAUACCCUAUUACUUCGGCAGUUUUCUGUUAAUCUCGUGUGUAUUCAGUUUAUCAUCAUGGCUCUCAGGUUGUGCGUAUAGGUGUCGUCCACAGAGUUGGCUGACUAAUCCAAGCCAGCCAUCAAAUCGUUGUACAAACUCAUUGUAACGAGCGAACUUGUGCUUGACAAAGAUUGUCAUAUACAGUGAAGAAUUAUUAUUAGCCUAUACUUAAUAUCACUCGAUUGCUUGUGAGACACUGAUAUUGUGUUCAGGUUGAAGAAGUGAUCUAUCUGGUGGGCGCGUCAAAUUUUUUUCGUCCAUAUUUUCAAAUCCUAAAACGUUGCAUUUUAUUAGAAGUAUAACAACAUAUUAAGUGAAGUAUUCAUCAUCAUUCUCUACGACCUUUUGAUAUUUCUCAUCCGAUACAUUUAUUCUAUCGCACUAGAAUUUUUCAGAUCUGAUGCCGAAGAACUCGUUUGUCCACAUUUUAAAUUGGCAAAUUUACUGCUCCGCAUCUAUUGGUGAGUGAUUGGAAGAAGUUAUGAUCGACGAACGUGAAGUUUGAAAAAUACAUUGUCCUGUAAGGCCUGCCGUGAAAAGCAAGAUCUGUUUUUCUGUUAUACUCUCGUUAAUGCCAGCAACUAGAAAUUUGCCGACCAUUCUCGAUUUUCUUAUUGCCUAAACUUUUUUUUGAUUGUAUAGAGUAUUUCUGGUCUUCGUAGAUGUCCUGUCAUCUGUAACAAGUCUGCAAAGAAACGUAUCACUGUUUAAUGUAUUGGAUGGUGCCGGGCGGAAUGUCGAGAGGCCUUUUGAAGUUUUUUAAAUGAAAAGUCCCAUCCCUAUUUUAACAAGAUUCCAAGAUUUGGGGUACCUGAUGUUAGCUAAGUGUUCGCAGGUCUUGGCUAAUUCAUUAGCUGUCUCCCUGCCAUUGCUUGUUAAAGGUGCCUUCAGGCUGUUCUCAUCAAUCUCCAAUGGCCGAUUGGGCCUGCGUUUUCCUUAUAAGCAAGUUACCUUCGAACAGUCCUCUCAGUUUUAGACCUUGUUCUCUGCUUACUAAACCUACUAAAGUUUUGGUUGUUGACAAAGGAUAAAGCACCUGUUAUUCCCUUAAUCACAUAACGGAACAGAGCAGAAUAUUCUCACUUUACGGACAUUGAACAAAACAAACAAUGGUGGAGAUAUCGAAACGCAAAAUAUUCAAAGGUGCAGACAUUAUUUAUGCAUCAGCGUAAUAUUAAAUUUUUAUUAGUUCUUGGAUUGGAUUUGAACCUUUUUUGCACAGCGGUAGAUAGAAGGAAAUGCAAGCAGUGUUUUACAAUUAAUUUACCGGCCAUAUAGUGGAUGGGACAGAUGUGAAACGAAAUGAUAUUUCGUAUCGCCAUAAGCAUAUGUUCAAGGAAAUAAGUAGUUAUUUCUAAUUCUCACCACAUCCUGUAUUUCCCUAUGAUUUCGUGUCCAACACUUGUCCGUACACUUGGAUCAGGUGGGUCGAAUCCUUUCUAUUGUGGGAGAGACCGUUUAUUGACAUUUUUGCUACGUGCUAUUUCCUUUGUCCAAUUUUUGGACACUCAAUGGUAAUGAUUGCGGAAGUGGCUGUUCCUUAAUAUAUAUAUAUUAUAUAUAUAUAUAUAUAUACUUUCUGGCAAGUCAUGACUGCAUAUAUUUAAAACGAACUUCUCUACGCAGAGUAUUCCGAAUAUGACUUACCCCAUUUACCUAUUGAUACAUGCACUGUGCUGGCUUUAGAAAUUCGAUGUCACAUAAAAGUGGUCAAGGCGUAUAACUUUGUUUCAGUGGGAGGAGAGUCCAGGCUUAAUUUUCUUCGGAAUUGUGUGGCAUAUAUGUAUGCAUUUAGCUUAUUACUAUUACUGUUUUUAUCGGACCGAUAUAUUAUCAUUAUGCAUAGCAGAGACACAGAGCAGGAAAUAUGCGCCAUAUAUUAGCGAUACGAAAGUAAAACUCUUAUACAAAGGGAAGACAAAAAGAAAACAAAAUGAUGUCGUUGUGUUGUAUAGUAGAAUUAUAGCUAUGUGUCCCCUUCCUCCUAUAUCAACUGUGUGUAUUCCAGGAACGAAAUUAUUGCGGGAAUCGGAUUGUUUCUGCUUGACACCAAAAUUAACGGCACGGCCCGUAACGUUAAACUUAGUUAUUCACCGAGCAAUAGUAGUGAUUUCUGGCGUCAUUAGCAGACGCUACCGCCAAGAAAAACCAAGAAAACUACUAUUGACGUUAUUGAAGCCCUUAAAUGCCGUUCGGUGGGUAGGUAUCGGGAGGCGCGGAGCACCGCCAGCAAUUCGCUGAUACCAGCGGGAAAACAUGUCCUUGAGUUCUGGUCAAGACCAGAAUGCGUACGUUCUUCGGUUUUCGUGUUCGCUUAAAGACACGGAGCAACCAGGGGUGGGCGGAAGAAUGGCGACCUAUGGUGAUGGAGGAUACAUUGGAGGGAGUGGAUGUUGCCCGAACGGUGACGACCUCGAGGAGUUGGGCGGUCAUGGAAGCGGUGGCUUGGGCUUUCACCGGGUCAACUCCAAGGACGUUGUAUUCUACGAGGAUAAGCUGAAAGCGAAGAUUAUUGGAAAUCGGUACCUAAUGGGAAGCCUACUUGGGGAAGGCUGUUAUGGCAAAGUAAAGGAGGUGCUGGACCUUGAUACCUUGACGCGACGCGCUGUCAAAAUUGUCGCUCGAAAAAAGUUACGUAGGAUACCCAACGGAGAACAAAGUGUUAAAACUGAAAUGAAGAUCCUGAGAGGUCUGAACCAUCCGAACGUGAUUAAACUCUGGGACGUGCUCGUAGAUAACGAAAAACAAAAAACCUAUAUGAUUUUUGAGUUCGGCGUCAUUGUUAUGCAAGAACUUCUACGAAAAGCACCGGAAAAUCGUUUUCCAAUCGCACAGGCUCACUGCUAUUUUAACCAGUUAUGCAGAGGACUCGAAUACCUACAUUCGCAGGGCAUAAUUCACAAAGACAUCAAAGCCGAUAAUCUUCUAUUGACCGUGGAAGGGGUUGUAAAAAUUGCUGAUCUUGGAGUGGCUGAACAACUUGACCGCUGGGCAGGCAUGGAUGACACCUGUCAUACGAGCCAAGGUUCUCCGGCGGUACAAAGCCCAGAGGUGGCAAACGGUGCUGACACCUUUCACGGAUAUAAACUUGAUGUUUGGUCAAGCGGAGUGACGCUCUUCAACAUUACCACAGGAAAAUACCCCUUUGAAGGGGAUACCAUUUACAAGCUGUUUGACGCGAUAGGCCGUUGUGAGGUCGUAUGGCCAGAGAACGUCGAAACCCAGUUGAGAUCACUUCUCGAAGGGAUGUUAAAUAAAGAUGCCGAUAAGCGGCUUUCCCUGAUGCAGGUUUUCAAACAUCCGUGGGUGCAAAGAAAGCCAGCAAAUAAUGAGCCAUGGGUUGCCAUUCCAGUAACGGAACAUGAUCCCUAUCGAGCCCUGACUGUGAUGUCUGCCCUAGAGGACAUGCAGCAGCGUCGACCUUUCACGACAAACGUGGACAAAGGAUCGCAAAACACUUUGACAACUGUACCGUCCGCGGCACAGUCAAAUCUUGCCGGGGAAACAGAGCUCAUGGUAGGAGGCGUCCAUCACGCACAUUCUCUGCCAGGCAUCGUUCAUGAUCACGCCAAUGAAUUGCUCCUACACCGGCAGAGCUUUAACGAUAAUACAACAGCCGACAAAAUGGAUAGCCACUCGCUAGAAGACGACGUGCCCGCAGCCAGAAGCCGGAUUAUCCCUUACACGUUACUUAGCAAACACAAAUCACAGAUGUGCCGGAUGUCGUGAACGCUGUAACCUGGGAACUUCACAAGAAGAGUUCUAAAUAGUGAAUAGUUGAGUGCCGGACAAUGUCAGAACAGCGAAGCAAAACCUAAUCUACUCAGAACAAGUGACUUACUAGGCACAAGAAAGCGAACGUGUCACGUUUCAUCGUUUGUGGCAUGUGAGUCGCGAAAAUGGCCAUGUAUAAGCUGAUUGUCACGCGAGUGAGAAGUUGGGUAUUGUUGUAAGUGGGGGGCGACAGAAAGACGCGUAUUGUUAAAUAAUGAAAGAUAGUGGAUGUAAAGUAUUUGUACGCUUGAGAAUGGUUGGACGCCCAUGUGUAUCAGAGCUGUUGAUAUGUUCUCAGAAAGCUCGGGUUCAUUGACUCGCAUUUCAAUGGAAAAAGUUUGCGACAAAGCCCCCCACCUAUUAGGCGACAACCCAUCCAUGGCAGCCAAUUAUAUACAGAUACUCACGAGUUCCAACUGUUGAAUUUCCUGCAGAAUGAAUUUAAGUGCGCUUGCAAAGUAGCGAAGUGGGUAAAAAUGAGUAUUGCUAAUUACUAUUGGGGAUUAUCACAGAUUAUUCAAAUCUCUUAUUAGUUGGAAAUUUCUUCCUGUGAACAGCAAAGCAAAUGCAACAAAAUAAGGAAACAAAACGUUUUCGUGUAUAGAAAAUAAUUAUAGAGUACAUAAUUCAAGUUUCGAGUAUUUUUAAUAAUUAGCUUGUGUCAUCAGUUCAUUACACAAGUGGUGCAAAUAUUAGAAUUCGUCUAAGGAAGCGGAAUUUUACAAUCCUAAGGAUUUGCUGUUUUAACAGUUAGCUAUGAUAACUGCAUGAGCAAUGAAACUAUUGUUACUACCGGAUUUACGAACAGCACAAUACCGUUAUGAUUCCGGACGGACGGUGAAGGCCGUUUGCCGUCGUUACGAACAGCACGAAAGGAUAGAAAAAAAUACGAACAACUUAUGCUGAUUUGGCUGUUAAGCCACUGUUUGAAGGGGUCGUAACAUAGUAGUGGGCAGUACGUCGAAAACAAUUGGGAUUGUUGCAAUUCACGGAGAAUACAAUAAUAUGUUUGCGAGAGAUUUUAGGUCGCCAGUCCGUGUGUUUUGACUGUCGAAUAUUGGCGGUUCAUAGAACCCACCUUUGUGUGUUUGUGUGUGCGCGUGUGUGUGUGUGCGCGUGUGUGUGUGUGCACGUGUGUGUGUGUGUGUGCG